CAACAUCUACUGGUGAUAAAGAUGGCUUAGAAAAUGAUGAUGGAGGCCUUUGUCGAACAAAAAAUAUGAGGUUGAAAAUUCGAGUGAAAUCAAAAUGGACAGGAGUAAGUCAAAAAAUUCCAGAAUUUCCUACCAAAAAUGGACCAGUCAUGAUGAUUCCGGUGAAUUCUGGACAAUAUGCUGUACCUGUUGUAUACGUUCCGGUAGCUCAAUCAGUCGAAGUUAACGAAGGCAAUAGAAAAAGACCAGUGUUUCCGUAUCAUUUGUAUUUUGCAAAUGGACAAUUUCGAGCCAACAACUCGAACUUAGUAGAUUUUGGACCUAAAUCGGAAUUACGAUUUGAUGCUGGUGAUCAACCUAAAGAUUUCGGGAAUUCUGCAUCUAUAAUUAACUCAAAUGGAUAUGUUGCACCAAAAUCUCUUAAGGGGAAAGAUAUCGAUUUUGAAAUAGAAUAUAUGGAUUCUGCUAGUAAGAGAAGAUCAUACGAAAAAAUUGGAACAAUGGAAAUUGCAAUUAUUACAAACUAUAUUAUACUGGCGGACAUCUUUUUAUUAUAA